AUGGACCCGUCACGUGCCAUCCAGGAGGGGCGGCUGGGCCUUGUGCAGCAGCUCCUGGAGUCAGGGGUUAAGACCACCGGCGGUGGGCCAGGCGGACCCCUGCGGAAUGCCAUCACUGAUACGCUGUUAGCCAAUGUCAAGUUUGACUUCCGGCAGAUCCAUGAGGCACUGCUGGUGACAGUGGACACAAACCAGCCAGCAGUGGUGCAUCGCCUGCUGGCCCAGCUAGAACGGGAGAAGGGCCGCAAAAUGGACACCAAGACUUUCUCACUGGCUUUCUUUGACUCAUCAAUCGAUGGCUCCCGCUUUGCGCCUGGUGUCACUCCACUCACCCUGGCCUGCCAGAAGGACCUGUCUGAGAUAGCGCAGCUGCUCAUGGACCAGGACCACACCAUUGCCCGGCCCUGCGCCUGCCUCGAGGGCAGCAAUGCCCGCCUCUAUGACCUGCUGAGGUUCUCCCUGUCCCGCAUCAGCACCUACCAUGGCAUUGCCAGCAGGGCCCACCUCUCACUGGCCAGUGAGGACGCUACGCUGUCUGCCUUCCAGCUCAGCCGAGAGCUCAGGCGCCUUGCACACAAGGAGCCUGAGUUUAAGUUUGUAGCACACCCCAUCUGCCAACAAGCCCUGUCCUCCUUCUGGUGUGGGAACCUGGCUGGCUGGCGUGGAAGCACCACCAUCUGGAAGCUCUUUGUUGCCUUGCUCAUCUUCCUCACUAUGCCCUUCCUCUGCCUUGGCUACUGGCUGGCGGCCAAGUCCCGGGUACUGAAGAUAAAAUUAAUAAUAACUGUCAGUGAGGCCUCGGGAGAGCUGGCUUCCAGGAAGCAGGAACAGCAUGCAGGCCCAGGUGAAGAAGAAUGUAAACUGGGCCACCUGCUAAAGAUCCAGGUGCUGAAGUUCCUGCUGCACUCUGUCUCCUAUCUGUGGUUGCUCGUCUUCCUGCUGCGAGAGUCCCUGGUAAUGGAGACACAGCUGAGUACCUUCUGCGGCCGUAGCCAGAGCGUCUGGGAGACGUCACUACACAUGGCCAAUCCUGGGGCAGGGGCAGGGCCUGGGGAGGGAGGGCGUGGAUCCUACCGCCUUCGAGUCAUCAAGGCCCUGGUUCAUCGAGACCGCAUGGGAGGAGUUCGAGGAGAUCUGUCGGAAAGGAAUCCCAGUAAUGUUGUCACCUGCGGUUCUGAUGAGGGUAGAAGUGGCACAGGGAAGGUUCCUCUUCUAAGAGACCUCCCAUCAAUACUCCCGCAAGCCUCCCACAGACCUGGGCAACAGACGGAAAGAGCUGACCAUGCCUGUCUCUCCACUGCAAAGUGA